CAAAUGCACAACCAAUGAGAGGUUUUAAGAAGUAUGAAACUUGAUUUGUCAAGAAUAGUAGGGGUGAGGGAACAAGAUAGUGGGUUGAAGGACACUCAAAGUGGAGGUACAAGUGGUGGUAGUGUGGGUGGUGUGGCUGUUUGCCCUGCUCUCGGAGGUACGCAGACAAUGAGGCCGACCACAAUCCCUACGGCCACUGCACAGCAGUUUGGAGGUCCGUCGCCGGUGGGUUUUGCACCGGCCUUUGGUUCAGCUCGGGGUUUUGGCACCCGAGGCUUUGGGUUCCCUCCUCCUUCCACUUCAGUCUCUCCAGUUUUGACUGAAGUACAAUCUCCUGCUCAGAAGCCGGUAAUCACCACUGAAAUUUUAAAGGGAGUUUCACCUCUUAGGAGCUCCCGGAAGAGUCGUACUGAUAUGGAGAAGGAAUUGGUUGCUUUCAUCAAGGAGUGCCAGGGAAAUAGCAAGGAUGAAGGACCAGAGUUGAUUGAGUUCGAUGGUUUAUGUCUAAGCAAAUAUCAGAUGUAUCGAAUGGUAGCAAUGGAUGAGUAUGCGGGGAUAGAAUACGUCAAAGUGGCUAGUAAGAUGUAUACUAGCAGGUGGAAGGCAGAAUUGGGUGCCGGUAGAGGACGAAGUGUAAUGCUUGAACCUAGUUUCGGGGUUAGUUUUCAGACGUAUUUCUCAUCUAUGUUAUCAUGA